AAUUGAUCAUGCAGCGAAUCCCGGUUGAUACAGGGAUGAUACAGAAGCUUCUGCAAAAGUAAAACCUAAAGACAAAAAGGGUUUAUCCACCGGUUUCGCCACCGUUUCUGCUCGUUUUUCCAUCUCUCCUUAUUCGUGACAUUUUCAGUUUUAAGCUCCUAAAGCAGCAAUUGGGAAGAGGACAUGGCGUAUUCUGACGAUGAAGCUGAAGCAGAAAUAAAUUCUGUUUCGAACUAUGACUUUGUGGAUGAUAACGAUGAACCUAUUUCAUUCUCUGAGUUAUCAGUUCAGUGGAAAGAGUAUGAGCUUUUGAAUGGGAAGAAGAAACAUAUAUUUUUACGUGGGGAUGCUGAUAAUGGCAAUAUGAAGGUUUAUGAGGAAGUUAGUGCCUGGAAAUUUGAUUUGUCAAGCAUAAAACCAGACAUUUGGGUGCUACAUAAAAAGAAUAGCUGGAUUUUGCUUCUAAAACCUAGAAAGGCAUUUGAGGAUACAAUUAUUAGGACAAUAUUGGUUAGUCUGCAUUGCUUGCAUUUCUUUAGGAAGACUCCUGACUCUUCUGUUAAAGCCUUUUGGGAUCAGAUGCACAAAGUUUUCAGUUUCGAGCCAAGGCCUUCAGAGAAUGAUCUAGUGGAUCAUAUGGACCUUAUAAGCGAAGUUGUAAAACGUGAUGAUAUAUUGGCUAAAUCCAAGGUAUUACUUACACUCCUUAAAGAGAGGCCUAAAAAGAGGAUAAUUCUUGAUGAGGUAAAUGAUAAAACCCUUUCAGGGUUUAUAGUUGAUGAUCUAGGUGAUGAAACUUUUGAAGAUGGCUCUGAUGACGAUGAAGAUGACCAGUUUGAAUCUGUGUGUGCAAUCUGUGAUAAUGGUGGCGAGAUUAUUUGUUGUGAAGGGAAGUGCUUGAGGUCAUUUCAUGCAACUAAAGAAGCUGGUCGUGAAUCCGAUUGCGAAUCUCUUGGAUAUACUAAUGAACAAGUUGAUGCUAUUCAGAAAUUUUAUUGCAAGAAUUGCGAAUAUCAAAAACACCAGUGCUAUGCCUGUGGGGAGUUGGGGUCAUCAGAUCUAUCCUCUGGUGCUGAGGUCUUUCGUUGUAUUAAUGCAUCUUGUGGUCGCUAUUACCAUCCACAUUGUGUGGCCAAACUGCUUCAUCGUGAGGACCAGUUAAAUGUGGAUAAUCAUCAGAAAAAGAUUGCUGCUGGAGAACCUUUUGCUUGCCCCAUGCAUCAGUGCUUUGUUUGUAAUCAGAUUGAAGAUAAGAACAAUAAGGAAUUGCAAUUUGCUAUAUGUAGGCGGUGUCCGAGAUCAUACCAUAGGAAAUGUUUGCCAAGUGGGAUUGCGUUUGAAGAUAAAGAGGAUCAGGGUAUUGUACAAAGGGCUUGGGAUGAUCUUAUACCAAACAGAGUUUUGAUUUAUUGCUUAGUGCAUGAAAUUGAGGAAGAUCUAAUGACACCUAGUAGAGAGCAUUUAAAAUUUCCCGGGAUUAAUCAAGAAAAGAUGAAGAAAAACCUUGAGGUGUUGGAGAAAAAGAAAAUUGCACGAGAAGAUAGCAGUGCUGUUUCUGAAACUGGAGUUGUGAACCAAAAACAUAUAGUUUCCAAACAAUCAAAAGGUCUGCAGAAGUUAUCCACUGGAGUGGUUGGUGUAUCUUCCAAAAAGAGAGAGGGAAGGUUACCCCCACCUAAUUUGCCUAAGAAACAGAAAGUAAUGGAUGGUCCUAGAAAGAGUUUGGAGAAUAAGGCUUCCAAUGCUAAUCAAGAUAGGCCUACUGCUGCUGAAGGCAAGGUGUCUUUGGGGCAAAAGUUAUUUCAAUUGAAUCAGCUGAUGUGUGAUGAUGCUGAGCCAAUUGAGUCUGAUGAAGAGGCUAAAGUUUCACUUGCCAACGGAACGGGCAGCUCACUGGUUCUAGAUGAUGAUUCAAAGAAAAGAAUAUUGGAUAUUGUGAAAGAUGCUUCAUCAAUAACUCUUGAAUCAAUGUUAAAGAAGCACAAAGUGCCAACUGAAAAUGCUUAUUCAUCAAAAUUUGGUCUAGAUAAGUCUAUAACAUUGGGAAAGGUGGAUGGUUCUAUUAAGGCAAUUCGCACAGCUUUACAAAGGCUAGAAGAAGGGGGUAGUGUUGAUGAUGCCAAAGUAGUUUGUGAUCCUGCACAACUCACCCAGAUUAUGAAAUGGAAGAACAAGCUAAAAGUGUAUCUUGCGCCAUUUUUAUAUGGUUUGCGCUAUACAUCAUUUGGUCGCCACUUCACUCAGGUGGACAAGCUAAAGGAGAUUGUGAAUAUGCUGCAUUGGUAUGUUGGAGAUGGUGACACAGUUGUGGAUUUUUGUUGUGGUUCCAAUGAUUUCAGUUGCCUUAUGAAAAAGAAACUGGAUGAGAUGGGGAAGAAUUGCUCCUUUAAAAAUUUUGAUAUCUUACAAGCAACGGAUGAUUUUUGUUUUGAGAAGAGGGAUUGGUUGACUGUCCAAUCGAAGGAGCUACCACCUGGGUCUAAGUUGAUCAUGGGGCUUAACCCUCCUUUUGGAGUGAAUGCAGCACUUGCUAAUAAGUUUAUUAAUAAAGCUCUUGAGUUUAAGCCAAAGCUUCUCAUCCUUAUUGUCCCUCGGGAGACUCAACGUCUAGAUGAUAAAAAGAAUCCAUACGAUCUCAUUUGGGAGAAUGAUGAGUUACUCUGUGGGAAGGCAUUUUAUUUGCCUGGAUCUGUUGAUGUAAAUGACAAAACACUGGAUGAUUGGAACGUAUCCACACCGCCUCUUUAUCUUUGGAGUCGCCCAGAUUGGACCCCCAAACAUAAAAAAAUUGCUAAAGUUGCUGGUCACUUGUCAAAGGCACGUGAGAACCAGGAUGAAAACCAGUGUGAGAAGGCUGCACCUGGUGAUGAUUUGGGGUCUCGAGACUGUCAAGUGGAAUCCUCGAGAAGAGGGGAGGACCGCUGUUUCCCAGACAAUAAGCCUGAGCUAGCUGAGUCACAAACUGAUAUCAAUGGAUGUCUUGAAGAACAGUCACGCAGUAAUAGCAAUGCUGUGGAAGUCCAGAAUGAUCAUGACUCUGGAGUGAAGCAAUCUGAUGAGAACUCAAAGCAGCAGGGGAUCCAAUGUAGUAAAGAACAGAGAGAAUUAACUGACAUAACAGUUGAAAACAAAUCUACUGAGAAAAGAUCCCUGCUGUCCCAACCCUCACCCGGCAGGUCUAGGAAUAGGAAUAGGAACAGAAAGAGGAAGGGCAAAUCUACUGGAAAAAGAGAUCUGCCACGUGAUCUAUCACCAGGCAAGGUUAGUGACAGAUCGAUCCAAGCUGAAGAUAAAUUGUAUGGAAAAACAUUUGCUUCUCGUGAUCCCUCACCUGGUAAAGCUAGCAGCAAACAGGUAGAAGCUAAGGACAAAUACACUGGAAAACGAAAGCGGUCCUCACCUCUCAAAGGCCGUACAUCAAGACCUUCACACACACAGUCUGGUAGGGAAGAUUAUCGGCAAUCUAAUAGCCAACGGAUGGAGGGGAAGAAAUCUAUGCCAACCCAGCCAUAUUCACCUAAGAAAGGUCAUGAUAGGCCCCUUCCUCCAUCUAAACGUCAUGAAAUGCCUUCACAAACACAAGCUGGAAGGGGGGAUGAUUACAGGCAUUUUACAGGAGGCAACAGUGGCUCUGGAACUCAAGGACGAAUACCACCGAUUGCAUUUCAUGAUGAUGAUGAAGUUGUAGUGAGAAAGUACCUGCCCGGUCCAGGUCCAGAGCCUUAUUCGAAUAAUUUGUCAAACAGAUGGCAGCAUAUUUCCAGUCCUGGUGGUGCGGAGUAUGGGAUGAGGGGUUCAGACGAACAUUUUAUGGGCCAUGAGAGCACUGAUGUUUCUCAUUAUGGAUUUAACCGGAUGGAUGAGUAUGGGGGGAGACAGUCCCAGUCCGAUAUACAACGACAAAUUCAACUUUAUGGACAGACGCAGCAGGCUCAGGAUUACAUGAGGCAACGCAGCCCCAAUAUGGUUGGCCCUAAUCAGGGAGGACUUCCUUUUUACGGGCAACAUCCACUCGAUAAUGAUCCAACUUAUGGCGGGAUGAAUGCUGCUGCUGCUGCAGCAGCAGCAGCAGCAGUGCGGUGGCAUCCAGCGCCACAAUUGCAUGAGGUGAACCACCCAAUGAUGAGUAACCCCGGAUUUGAUCCUCAUUUGGCAGCCAGAAGUGGGCUCUAUGGUAGCGUAAAUCCCCCUCCUCCUCCUCAUCAUGUUAAUGCAAUGAGUUUUGCUCAAGGCCCAUACCGCCCCUUUUCACAGAACAACUCUGGGUGGCUUAAUGACUAGACUAAGAUAAGAUACUUUGGUUUUUGAUUAGAUUUGUGAAGGGUUUUUUUUUUUUUUUUUUGCCAUCUAGACAUCUAGUCUAGCUAUACUGACGUUAUGAUGGGAAUAAUAUAUAAGCACACCAGAUUACAUA